UUAAAUGCGUCUAACGGUAGAAUUUUCACCCUUCAUUGAGUCCCUUCUGUUUAGAGAACCCUUGUGUUAUUUUCGCCUUGCCAAUACACAAAUUUUUUUUUAUAUUUUUUUUUUGUUCCCAUUUGGUGAAGGGCUUUUAUUCCUGCACUCUGUCUCUCGAUCUCUACUAUAGCGGUCUCUUUUUGUUGUUUAACGAACAAAUUGAGCUUGAAAUUGUCUGUUUGAUUUUACCCAUUGUGAAUGACUUCUGAGCCAACUAUUUUCGAACUGGGGGCAAGAAUUGUGUCAAUGAAAGGUAUUUUUUUUCCUUCUGGAAACUGUGUCGAAGAGAAAUUUUAUUCCCGUGGAAGAAAAAUAUUUAUAGAGGAGACAUAAUUGGAGUUGAUCAGCAUAAAUUUCAUGAUAAUUAAGUGUGAACUGUAGCCAUGGAGCAACUGGAGAAGUUUCAGAUCAUCUUCAACAAUCCGUCUGCCAUCUACAAUGCCGGUGACACAGUGUAUGGGUAUGGCUGGGCAGUGUUCAAGGAACCUCUACACGUACAGACUGUAUGUAUGGAGGCCAUUGGUGAGGCGCGCGUGGAGUGGAUGAGUUCCAGUGACAUCCAGGCAUCGGAUGAAGAAGUGUUCAACUACACAACAGUCCUUCCCAUCAAAGGUGAGGACAAGAACAGUCAGGGUGCUAUGUUACAUGAGGGUUCUCACUACUUCCCGUUCGAGUUCACGCUACCGUCUCAUCUUCCAUCGUCUUUCAAGGGUAAACACGGUCGUCUGCGAUACUUUGUCCGGAUGACGAUCUGUACGUCGGGUGGCCCACAUCCGACACGCACCAGUAAAUUCGGAGUUCAGGGGUCACUUGAUCUGAAUGGGGAACCUAAUGCCGCUCUUUCGGUAGAGAAUGACACAUUUGAGCCCCUGGGGUCUUGGUGCUGUGUAUCGGGGACGGUGACCGCCAAGCUUCGCUUGGAGAAGAAGGGCUACACAGUGAAGGAGUCAGUCCCCGUGUGUGCCGAAAUCAAAAACCUCAGCAGUCGACGAAUUAGCUCAACAUCAGUCUCGUUGAUACAGAAUGUGACCUACUAUUCAUACCGAGGCCGAUUUUCCGAAACAACCAAACUGGUGACCAUUCAUAAAGGUGGGGUGGGGCCGCGGGGGAAACAGACGUGGCAAAAAGAGCUCCUCAGUAUCCCCACCACCCCACCCUCCCAUCUCCACGGCUGUAAAAUUAUAGAUAUUCAAUACUGUAUAGAGUUGGCUAUCAAGCCGUCAGGGUUUGGUAGGAAGGUCAAGAUCCCGGUGGACAUCACAAUUGGCACGGUGCCAAUCCAAGAGCCCCAGACCCAGAAGACGUCUUACCACCCCCUCCCGUCCAUAGUCAAGGAUGACGUAAUCCCCUUCCCGUUCUUUGAGCUCGGGAGAAGUCCUAGUCAGUUAAUAAGUCAGUACAUGCUUCCGACGGCCCCUCCCUGGGAGGAGGAUGACGAUAUCCCAUGAUUCCUGUAAUUUCCUGAUUAGAAUUUUUUAAUGCAGUGGCAAGACAUCGAUUAUCCAAAGUAAGAUCGUAACAUCUGUAUAUCUAUUGUGUUGCCUUGGAAACUUCAGGAGCUCUUAGAACUAUCAGGGACCAUGCAGUCAUGAUCAAAUGCACAGUUAUGUGAUGCCAUAUUGAAAAACAGACAAAUGGAAAGAUGUCCAUUUUUUUUUUUGAUUACUUACUUAAAAUGUUUAGAAACUCAAAGGAGCAGGCUGAUACUUGGAUCUGAUAACCUUGACAUAUUCAUUGUACAAGUUAAUUUGUACAUUUGGUUAUGUUAGUUAUGUUGAUUUUUUAUCAAAAUCAUCGUUGUUCAAAAACAUUGUUUUUCACUCCAAAAAAUGUACAGAAUUAAUGUGUGAUGAUGAGGAAGGUUUUAUAUCCCAAAUACAAGUGCUAAGUCCAUGCUAUUUUUAGAAUGAUUAUUAUAGAAUUAUUUAUUAUGCUUGUACAUGUAUGUAAGAUUAUGCAACAUUUGUUGAUUUCAGCAAAAUUUGGGUUUGUCAAUGUAAAAAAACACAAAAGACUGAUAAAACUUAGAGAUGUAACAAUCUGUUCCUUGCUCCGAUAGGUUUUACAUAACGUGUAUUCCGGUAUUUUGUAAUGAGUACAUGUUACAUUGAGAAAUUGAUUGUUACGAGGGAUUGUACAUGUAGAUAGACUUGGAUAGGUGUGAGAGGCUUAAUUAGUGUUAAAGUAACUUUAAAAAGUAUUAUAUAUACCAUAUGCAACUUUCACCAAAUUGUUAGUAAAGGCUUUAAUGAUUUGUGCAUUACUUGAUCAUUUCAACACAUUAUUUAUAUAAAACAUAAUACCAUAGAAAUGUGAUUAAGAAAAGUAAACAAGAAACACGUGUUACACAGAAACUGUCUUUAAGAUAACAUUUUAGUUUAUGUUGAACCAUUUUGUUUUGUUUAUUUUUUGCAAAUACUUUUCACAUUGUCAAUGUAUUUUAUUAAGGUCACAAACUCACAACACAAAAUAUUCAAAAAUUUUUAUCAAGUGAAGUUUUUUUUAAAUGCAGAAAUGUUCCCUCAUUGCUUUGUAUCACAUCUCGAAAGGCGACUUCAUAAUCUCAAAUAUUCUGAAAAUGAGGAAGACAUGAUUUUUUGCGUGCAAAGAUUGAUUUAUUUUUGUAUUCCUGUGGUAUAUACUGAGUAUACACAAGCUAUCAAUUCCCAGAUUAAAGUGCUAAAUGCAUAGACUGUAGAUUUUAGUAUUUUAUAAUGGUUUUAUAUUUUAUGUGGAUUCUGUACUAGACUAGAUCGAUUUACAAACCAUUCAUGUGUUCACUGGGGAAAGAAGGUGAAAUCUCAGAGCAAGAAUUCUCAGUGCAUCCCAAAAUCAACAUUUCAUCAGCUGGUUCCUCUGAUUUCAUUUUAACACCCCCCCCCACCCCCCCUCCCCCAAUUUUUGUUAUAAUCUUGAAAUAAUUUCCAUAAUGCAAUUUUUACUUUUCAUGUAAUACCAAAGCAGAUUUGUCAUACAACUUCAUAUUGUUUUUCUCCAUCCAAUACAUUUUAUCAGAGCUAACCUGAAAAAUUUACAACUUUUAAGCUCAUUAAUUUUGUUGUAGAUUUUAUUUGUGGUUAGUAAUAUAACAUGAGAUUUUGGGGUUUUUUCUUUACAUAUUGUUCAGUUUUUUAAAAUCAUCAAAUCUUCAUCACAUAAAAACUUUUUAUGUUUUGUUAUUGUUCAUAAAAAAACCCUGUUUUUAUACUAUUUUUUUUAUACCAAUUGUCAAAAACCCUGAAUAUUUUGGUUGUAUUUUUCUCUCCAUCUUUUAUUAUAUACAUCAGUCACCACCAUUUUGAUGAGUUGUUUUACACAGAAUGCAGGGUAUGUUACUUAUAAACUGAAACUGUACAAUCAGAUAUGAUCACCCAAUAUGCAAAAAAAGUCAUGUUUCUAUGGAAACAGAAUAGAUGAUACCACAGUAUUAUUUACAGUCUGAUCAACAGAAUUUGGGUUUACCCCAAAAAUGCAAUUUUGAUUUUCCAAACAAUGAUAUUGUUGGUCAAACAAGUGUCUACGGUGUACAAGGAAUUAAGUGUAAAGUUGUGUUUUACAUUUAUUAAUGGUGUAUUGUGAAAAGAUUUGCCAUGCAAAUGCUUUUUGAAAUUAACCAUUCACAUGUUUUAUUCCUGAUUUUACAAAUGCUGUGUAAAAGCUUUUUAUGGCUUUGGAGAUGCAAUUAUAUACCGGUAUAAAGGUGGGCUGAGUAAAGCAGUUUAAUCCAAUAUUUUGUAAAAUGUAAACUUGCUGUUAAAAAACAGAUAGAGUAAAUUUUUAAUCAAGAAAUAGUGUAAAGUGUAAAUAUUGAAUGCAGAAACAGUGUAAAGUGUAAACUUGUUACAAACACUUAGUACCUGUUAUGUAAACUAUCAUUUGUUUGGAAAGAAAAAAAAAAAUCCUCCUCAGCAAGAUUUUACACGUACCAAAAUUUUAAUGAAUUUAGAAAUGUGCGUUGAAUUUGUAAAGUUACUCUAAAGUGUCACUAAAACCUUUCUUUAGAUUAGAAUUAGUGAAAAUUGUUUUGCUGCACUAUAAAUGCAUUGAUCAAUAGUAUUUUUGUUCAAUCCAAAUCAUAUUCUUUUCAUCAGAAAUAAUUCAUGUGUAUUUUAUAUAUUUCCCUUUUUCUCUCUAUUUUCUGCCUUUUACUUUUGCUAUACACUGAUAUUCAGGGCUUAUGUAAACUGUAAAACCUUUAUAUUAACAAUUUUGUCAUUUUUAAAAUAUGUUUACAAGUGCUCAUUUUGUUAUAUUUUAAUUUCUUUUUAUUUUAGUUUGACAAAUACAUUGUACACACCGUUGAUUCUGUUGUGAUUUUGUUCAUCUAUUCAGUCCACUACAUAUGCUGGUACAUGUAUGUGUAUGUUUUCUGUAUGUUUGUUUGUUUGAUUUUGUAUCUGUGUACGAUACAGUACAUGUGUUGAUGAAAUAAUUAACAAUUAAAGAUAAAAGAAAAUGCAAUGUCUUG